CUAUAGUACAUUUAAUCAAUUUUAUUUGUAUAUUUCUACGGGUCAGUCGGUAUAUUUUGUCGAAAAGUCCGCGGUCCCACUGUACAUAAACCACAAUGGCGAAUACAUCAAGUACCGGCGUUGUGGUGCCACGAAAUUUCCGCUUACUGGAGGAGCUGGAUCAGGGCCAGAAGGGUGUAGGCGAUGGCACCAUCUCGUGGGGUCUGGAGAACGACGAUGAUAUGACGCUCACCUAUUGGAUUGGCAUGAUCAUUGGUCCGCCUAGAACACCAUUUGAGAAUCGAAUGUAUUCAUUAAAGAUUGAGUGCAACGAACGCUAUCCGGAUGAGCCGCCCACGCUAAGAUUUUUAACUAAAGUUAAUAUUAAUUGCAUUAACCAGAACAAUGGCGUGGUUGAUCAUAGAUCAGUGCCCAUGUUGGCCCGGUGGAAUCGUGAUAACACUAUAAAAACGAUGCUGCAGGAAAUUCGUAGGAUUAUGACCAUGAAAGAGAACCUGAAGCUGGCACAGCCGCCAGAAGGAAGCUGUUUUUAGUCCGACAACAACCAGCAAAACAACACCAACAGCAAAAACCCGGCAGCUGCAGAAAACAAACCAGAGCCCCAGCCACCCACACACACUAACAGCACAGCAAGACCACAAGACCAAGCCAGCAAAUAAUAUCAGCCGGAAUCAGCCAUGAGAGUUGUGUGUGUGUGUGUGUGUGGCAUGUGCGCGUCUCUGAGCUGCGGCAGCCGCGUGAAGAUGAUGAUUGAGAAGCGAAGAGGAGAGUGGUUAUGUGGCCCGUUGAUGCUUGCAGCAACGGCAACCAGAAACCAAAUGCAAGUUAUACUAUAAGUAACAAGAACAGCAAAGCAACGUCACUAUAAUGGUCGUCGUCGUCGUCCCUUCCGUCAUAAACUAUGUCAUCAAUGUUUGGUUACUUUUACACCCCAGCCAGUCUCCCCCCAAAAACAACAUCAACGAUCCUCCCUUCUUAGCUAAGAAACAAACAAACAAAAAACCACACAACCAGCAAAAAAGUAAAACUAA